UGUGCGUGUUAUUGAGUCAGACUUCACCUCAAUUCACCCGACACUUCCAAAAGAAGAAUGACGGCCGGUUAAAGCAACAGAUGAGAUGGGUCUUUGGGGUUUGUCAGCUGUUAAAUCAAUCCUCUAGACCGUUAUCGACUAUUUUAAAUGUUAUUUCCACACGCAUUUCUCACCGUUAUUUGUGUUUAACUGACAGCAGUCGUGCUGUAGGAAGGAAGCAGGAGAGGAAAAGGGACUGGCUGCGCACUGCUGGCCUCCUAAACACACUCUCAUCGGGGACUUUACUUAAAAGGGCAAGAUUGCUUUGAUAGCGAUAUAAAUGCUGGUAUUUUAAACACGAUCUAUUAUAAGUAUUAAUAUUAAUCAGAGACAUCAAAGACUAUGUGAAGUCGUUAUUGUUUGAAUAUCAAGGUUUGUUUUUCGUGCAAAGGAUUGUUUUUCUUGCGCCUUUUGCUGAUCGAUUAUAGUUGAUCACACAUCAGCCGUCAUCGAUCAUGGCCACAGAUGUAAUAGCGGCUGAAGAAGUCUCAAACCAGAGAGACUCCGGUGAUCUGAACGCCAACAAAAGUAAUCCCGAAUCAGACACACCCAGCCGGACAUCUGAGACGCAAGAAAACAGGAAUAUAAGUAGCCCAUUAUCGUUAUCGUCGUCGUCAUCGGUUCAUUCUGGGGAAGAACUACCUCAGGACUCCAUAACAGGGAAUUCACUGGCGAAUGGAGACAGUCCGACAAGAACAGGAGAUCCGCCGCAGGAAGCAGCGACUCCAGACAAUAGACAAAAACAAGGCGUGAGGACUUCAACUCCUGUGCGAGCAGCGCAAACACACUCUUCACCAGCUGAACACAAUGGAAGUUUUGAGCACCAGGAGUCGGUUGCUACCACAGAGGCACGGCUGAGAAUGGAAGGGGUGGAGCUAAAGGAGGAGUGGCAAGACGAAGACUUCCCUAGACCACUCCCAGAAGAGGGGGAUCUUCAUCUUGAUGAUGAACUUUUCACUGGCUCUUCUAGUGAAGGAGCACCUGCUUCACAGUCUUAUGGACUAAACAGUGCAAAGAAAACCAAAAAGAAGCUUUUGGCUCCGGACAUCAGUCUAAACCUAGACCACAGUGAGGGUUCGGUCCUGUCAGAUGAGCUGGAUGAGAGUACAGAACUGGACCUGGAUGAUAUAGACACCCCUUCAGACAACAGCAACGAGUUUGAGUGGGAAGAUGACCUCCCGAAACCUAAAAACGCAGACCUGCUGCGUAAAGGAGUGGAGUCGGUGCAGGAAUUCACCAGCACGGAGGAACGGGAGGAGGGCCGUCGCUGGAGAGUCUUCCGCAUUGGAGAGCAGGAGCACCGGGUGGACAUGAAGGCCAUUGAGCCCUACAAAAGGGUUAUCAGCCAUGGAGGUUACUAUGGCGAUGGAUUGAAUGCCAUCAUCGUCUUUGCUGUUUGCUUUAUGCCUGAGAGCAAUCAACCAAAUUACAGAUACAUCAUGGACAAUCUUUUCAAGUAUGUCAUAGGAACUCUAGAGCUGCUUGUAGCUGAAAACUAUAUGAUUGUAUACCUGAACGGAGCCACUUCGCGCCGAAAGAUGCCGAGUGUGGGCUGGCUCAGAAAAUGCUAUCAGCAAAUAGAUCGAAGGUUAAGGAAGAAUUUGAAGUCAUUGAUAAUUGUGCACCCGUCCUGGUUUAUUCGCACCCUCCUGGCCCUCACAAAACCUUUUAUAAGCUCAAAAUUUAGCCAGAAAAUCAAGUAUGUGUACAGUCUGACAGACCUUGCUGAGCUUGUCCCAAUGGAGUACGUUUCCAUACCAGACUGCAUUAAACAAUUUAGAUUCUGACGUUCUCUUCUCUCAGCUCUGCUGCUGUUAGUUUGGAUUGACCAGGACAUGCGUGGAAAGGUGGAGAUGGCCACCGCUGCAGUGCCAGAGUGAGUCAGAGGACUUGAACAGAGAAGCUGGACGAAUAAAAGAGAAUGUAUUGGGUUUCUUUUAACUGGAGAAUGCAAGAUCUUGAUGUCAGAAAAGUGCCUUUUAAAGGAAUACUUCGCCGCAGAGUAUAAGUUCCGUCAGCGUUUACUCUCUCUCGUGUCAUUCCAAACCCAUAUGACUUUUUU